AAUAACACAAAACAAAUACAACAUUACUGUACAAGAUGAUGAGUAACGGCGCUGUUCCUGGUACUUUGCACCAUUAUGCUGGCAAACUCGUAGCUUUCGAGCUUACAGCUGCCGAGAAAGGCGAAUCGGGCCAAAAUAUCCUCUUCUUUAUUGGAGGGCUAGGUGAUGGUUUACUCACCGUCCCAUACGCGGCACAACUUGCCCGCCAACUCCCACCCGCCUGGUCACUUGUGCAAGUCCAUCUAUCCUCAUCCCACAUCGGCUGGGGGACUUCGUCACUUGGGAAAGAUGUUGAUGAGCUAUCACAAUGUGUUGAUUACUUUCGUAACAUAGCAGGGAGGUCUGGCAAGAUUGUCUUCAUGGGCCACUCCACUGGUUGCCAGGAUGUGAUACACUACCUGGUGGGCCCCGGAAAGGAGAGCCGCGCACCUAUAGACGGAGGAAUAUUGCAAGCAUCUGUCAGUGAUAGGCAGGCUAUGGAGGGGCAGCUUGAUGAGGCGCAGCGCUCUAACACGAACAAAAUUGCUGCCGAAUGGGUGGCAGCGGGAAGGGGAGAGGAUGUUCUAUCAUCCGCAGCUACGCAUGGCUUCUUCGAUGCUCCAAUCUGUGCGAGACGGUGGUUGAGCUUGGCCAGCCCGAAUCAUGAUGGGGAGGAUGAUUAUUUCAGUUCGGAUUUGACUGAUGAGCAGUAUCAGAGGUCGUUUGGGAGCCUGUCGAAGGGAAGUAAGCUCUGUAUCCUGUACUCUGGGAAGGAUGAGUAUGUGCCAGAGUACGUGGAUAAGAAAGCACUGGUUGAGAAAUGGAUCGGGUUUGUGAAAAGGGGCUCUGGUGAGGUGGAUGAGAAGAACUCUGGCAUUGUGGAAGGGGCAACCCAUGAUUUGAAGAAUAACCCAGAAGAAGUCAUUAAUGGGGUCUUCUCGAGAGUUAUUGGCUUUCUAUCAGAUCUAUAGAAGUAGAAAAUCCAAUAUCAAUGUCCACC